CCACUGGAAACCCGCCGCUCUCACUCCCGACCUUAAAUACAGCCCUUUCCCCAGAUCGCAAUUCUUCGCUGCCUUACCCCCCUCCAAUUCCAACCGCCGACCGACUAAAACCAUUAAUUCUUCGUCGAUUCAUUUGGCCGGCCGGGAAAGAUGUUGCGCGAUGGUCCGUCGUCGGAAAACGCCGUAACUGAAGCGGAGUUAAGGGCUGUUCUGAUGGUGUGUCCCCCCAUCACCACCAUUAAUCUCGUCGGUAUGUUCAAAUCACGUCUCCGUUCUGCUGAGAGCAGGAUGGCCUUUGCGAAAACACUCAAGAGAAUCUCCAAGCUCUCGAGGAGUGGAGGCGCAGCAGGAACCAACUCUGUUGUGCUGAGGAACUCUACUGCCGUCGAAGGAGCAACUUCGCCGACGACGACGAGGAGGAGGAGGAGGAGGUCAGUAGCAAGAUCAGGUUCGGGGCCUGUAACUGAAGAGGUGUUAAAGGCUGUUCUGAUGGAGGCUGCUCCCAUCACAUCGAUGGAACUUGUUGCCUUGUUCAAAUCGCGUUUGAAGUCUUCCAAGGAUAAGAAGGCCUUUGCGGGCAUGCUGAGGAGAAUUUCCAGGAUCUCGAAGGGAGAUAACGGAGCCAACUAUGUUGUGCUGAGGAGCGGAGUUUGCGAUUCUGAAUCCAAUCCACUAAUCCAAUCCUUCGAUUCGUUAAAAAUAUCCAACUGAUACAAUCUAUUUCAAUCCAAUCCAUUUGAUCCAAUUAGAUUGGUUGAUUCAUGGAUUGGAUUGGUUGAUUCAUGGAUUGGAUUGAUGGAUCAUUGGCAAAUUACCCUUUAGUACCUAAAUUUUUUAUUUUUUACAUUUUGGCACCUAAAAUUUUUUAUCAUGACAUUUUAUUACCUAUACUUUUUGCAUUUUACAUAUUGAUCCAAGGGUGAGGAUGUUAUUUGGAUUCAUGGAUAAUCCACCAAUUCAUUUGAUCCAUGAAUUCAUCAAUCCACC